GUGGGCCCCUGUUUGUUCCCCUUUCUCUUUGAAAUCAGGAAAACUUCACUUUCCUUUCCCACGUCUUGGUCUCGUACAUUGACUGAGCUAAACUGACUACACGUUUUUCUUUCGUUUGUUUUUUUUACCCAUCUUGCUGUGAUGACGCGCUGCAGUGAUAGUGGUGAGGACAGCACAGAGAAUCCAGACAGAAACCAGAAGAAGAGAAAGAAAAGGGGGAAACAUGUGUCGUUCCCUCCUGAUGAACAGAUAGUGUCCGGCUUUGCAGAGGAUGCAGGAGGAACAGAUGAUAGCUGUAUCACCCUAAUGGAUGUAAUUGGAGCUUAUCAGCAGAGCUGCAGUAAACACCAGGUCCAACCCAGAGAGACCAUCCUUCAGCAACUCCAGCAGGGUGUGUGUGGAGGAGGCAGCGUUGAAUGUCUGGAUCUCAAAGGUGAGCGAUUAGACCACCGCUCCUGUGAAGCUCUGGAAGUCGUCCUGAAAUCGCUGCACUUUGAUUUCAUCAAUCUGCAGGCAGCGCAACUGGAGGAAAAUGGAGCAUCGUCCUUGCUGGAUAUGAUUUUGUACUAUGAAUCCACAACAUAUCUUGACAUUUCUGACAACGGCAGUAUGGGAACAUCAUCUUGGAGGGCCCUCGCUCAUUUGAUAAAGCAGAGUGUUCGUCUAUCUAGACUGGAUGCUUGUAACGUGCGCCUGGUUGACUAUCCGGUCCAGUCUUUAUCUAAAGCUCUGCUGACCAGCCGACUCCGAGCGCUCCACCUGAACAACGCCCAGCUCAGCGGCUCGUCGCUGUUCACACUAGUUCGCGCCUUGAAGACAAACAGAGCUUUACUGGAGCUCCAUCUUUCCAGCAACCAGCUGAACGGCUACCAGGACGCCAUGCAGCUGGGAGAUCUGCUGAUAUACAACAACACUUUGCAGACGUUGGAGCUCAGUGACAAUGUUUUAGCAGAUACAGGAUUGGAAGAGCUGUGUGACGGUCUGUCCAGACAGACAAAAGGUCUAAAAGUCUUAAUCCUGAAGAACAACCAGAUCACAGAGAGAGGCAUGAACCACCUGGCCAAAACUCUGCCAGGCCUGAAGAUCCUGGAGGUCCUGGAUUUAGGGGACAAUCACCUGGGGAACGAGGGCAUCCAGGUGAUCAGGGAGCCACUCAUGGUGAACAGUUCGCUGUUGCAUCUCGGCCUUUCCCAAACCAACAUCACCUGUGAAGGUGCAGUGGCAUUGGCCGAGUUCCUUGCUGAGAGUCGUCUUAUUCGGAGGCUGGACCUCCAUCAGAACCGAGUGAAGCUCGGAGGCUUGAUGGCCCUCAGCCUGGCGCUGAGGAUCAAUUGCUCUCUGUCUCAUCUGGGUGUGGAUCCCAUACCUCCACAAGAGCUGGUUUAAAGAACUUCAGAGUCUCAGGUCUUUUCCUGAUGAGAUCCACCAGGCCUCAUCAUUUGCAAGACGGCAGAACUGGAAUGCUGGGAUGCUGUGGUGGUGCAGGGCUACUGCGCAACCCACGUAUGGCGGCCUCGACAAACGUCUUCAAAAUAACAGUCGACACUCAAAAAGGGCCCCCACCGCACACAUGCUAUAUUGUUUUUUUCAUGCUAUAUUGUGAAUUUAUAAUGAUGAUGCAAUGAAAGCAUAAAAAGCCAGUCAUUUUGGAUUGGGGAAUGUUGUGACUACGUCUCUAUAUUUCCGCUCUCCGGUAGUUUCGGGUGAAUUUUUAUGAAUUUCUACUCAGGUUUGUGUUGUUUUCAGAUUUGUCUCUUGUAGAGUCGAAGUUUGUGAUGUUGUGCGUUUUUUUUUUUUUUUUUUUUGUCUCCACCUUUCCAUGGCUGCAGAGGCCUGAGGAAAACGAUGCCAUAACUUUAAUACAUGCCCCUGCUGGAUUCACUAAAUAAUUACCCACACUUGCCAUCUGUUUGUCAUGAUUUUAUCUCUGCUGACUUAUUUGCAUAUUAAAGCAUUAAUUAAAAUCUCGAAGGAAGGGGAUGCUUACUUUAAAAUUAACUCUGAAGGCAAUCCGUGCACAGCUUCCAGAGUAGUUUUAUUUUUGUUUGCAGAGGUUUACUGUUUGUCUGCGUGUUGUUUACACGAUUAAGUCUGAUUUUUAUGAAACGCCUCCUCUGGCUAAAAUCAGGCGAAAAGAUGUGCCAGAUUCUGGAGGAUGUUUCUGUGAAUGUGUGUCAUUAA